UUUACAUUCACUAAUUGUAUAGGUGAUAGAACCAGUAAAUACUCGUGUCCAACCUAUAAAAUGUGAAACUGGAAAUGAUAAAACGAAUAUAGCACCUAGGUAGGUAGGUAGGUACCUAUUGUUUACAAGUGAUAACAGUGUGGGUUGGUGUGGUUGGUUGAGUUUAAAUUAAAAUACAUUGUUCUAAAAAUUCUAUGAACCUAGGUAAGUAAAUAAUUUAAUUGUUACUCAUUUAACCAUUUGCGAAGCUCAGAACAUAUGUCGUGGUAUAAUCUUAAUUAGAAAAAUAUAGAUCUAAUUUUCAGUUCGUUGCCGAUUGCGUUUUUAAUCCUAAUUCCCUGGAAAAGACAAUGCCAGAAACCGAAGAUGCUAUAGAAACUGUUAUUGGCCGUUUUGGAAGAUAUCAGACAUGGAUUUUUUUUUUAAUGACAAUAGGGAGAUUCCCAGCUGAAUAUCAACUGGUUAACGUAGUUUUCAUAUUACCAAAUUCAGAAUUUGUGUGUAUGGAUGAAGCAGCAUUUAAUAUUAGUAAUCAUUGCCCAUGUAAAAAUCCGCAAUAUGAUCAAACUUUUAUCGAGAGUUCGGUGACAACUAAUUGGGAUCUGAUAUGUGAAAAUCGUCAACUGGCUAGUUUAGCUCAAUCAAUGUUACAUGCUGGAAUUCUUGGAGGCAGCAUAUUCUAUGGACACGUAUCUGACAGAUAUGGUCGUAAAACUGCCUGUUUACUUGCACUCUUUUGCGAAGUAUUAUUUACUGCAUUGUCAGCUGCUGUGCCUAAGUUUUGGAUGUUUGUGGUAUUUCGAUUCUUAAUCGGUACGGCUCUAGGAGGAACAAUGCUCUGUUGCUACGUAUUUUUGAUUGAACUUAGCGGAACAUCUUUUAGGCCAUAUAUAACAGCAUUAGUUGAGAUAUCAUAUAUUUCGUCUUACCUCUCUCUCCCCAUCAUAGCUUACUUCGUGCGAGAAUGGAGAUAUCUCCAACUGGCUACAUCCCUGCCCUGGUCAUUUGUCCUUUUGUAUUAUUACCUAGUACCAGAAUCUCCUAGAUGGUUAAUAACUACGGGAAAAAAAGAAAAAGCCAUAGAAGUUUUGACUUACAUAGCGAAAAAGAAUAAACGGCCAAUCGAAAACAUAAGGGCCGUUGUUGAAAAAGUUCAAGGAGAAGCUCAAAGUAACGAUCGAGAACAAUUUGGAUCCUACUUAGACCUGUUCAGAACACCAAAAAUUAGAACGUAUGCACUGCUCACAGCAUAUGUGUGGACCUGCUGUGCCUUUACCUUUUUUGGUAUUAAUCAGUAUAUUGGUAAACUGCAAGGCAAUCUUUUUCUUAACGUAAUGCUUUCGGCAGUGAGCCUCGUUCCAGGAUUGUUCCUCGUUGUAAUAGCUUCCUUGUACUUAAAAAGAAAAGUAGGUGUCCUAACAAGUUUUAUGGUGGCUAGCGGAUCGCUGUUUGUAUUCAUAUUUAUACCAAAGAAUAUGGAUACUGUUGAAUUGGUAUUUGCUAUUAUCGGUCAACUAGGAGCUUAUACAGCAUUCAUGCAAAUUUACCUAUUUACUUCUGAAAUAUUCCCAACUAUAAUAAGAAAUUCAGCAAUGGGAUUCGUUUCUGUUUUUGCUAGAUUUGGAAGUUUCACAGCGCCUUUUGUAGUCAAUAUAGGAAUAGAGUGGGUAUCUAUUACAAUAUUUUGUGUAUUGGCUUUUAUUGCAGCUUCUUUAUGUUAUUUCUUACCAGAAACUAAAGAUUCUGUUCUACUUAAUACUGUUCAACAAACAGAAAAGCUAAGAAGUAGAAAGAUUAACACAUGAGUAAUAAAUUAAUUAUUUUGUCACAAAUCCUAUCAAUGUUUCACAUAACUUGACCCAUGCUCUGCACCUAAAGUUUACUAUCUGAAAUUAUAAAGAUAUUUAAAAUAAAACUCGCUUAU